AUGAAUCAAAUACGAUUUGGCGAAACGUUGUCUCAAAGCCUCCAGGACUCUGAGAAUUUCUUCUUCAUCUUUAUUCCCUGUCUCGCUCGGAAUAUCUUUCAACUAUUCACAGAGAUGGCCGAACCAUCAAGUGAGAGGUGCUUGGAUCCAGAGCUUCGCCAGGCUCUUGAUGACUUGAAGACCGCUGUCCACUCGGCGAAUUGCUGUCUAACUACUUCUCGCUUUCUGGACUCGUUUCCAGACCUCAGCACUCAACAUCCGGAGAUCCAGAGAGCCGUUGAAAAGGUGGCUCGAUUCUCGCGGGACCAGGAAGAGAACGCUGCCCAGGCGGCAAAAAAAGCGCGAACGACAUUCGAAGCUCUGUCUCCUGAACACCAACACGGCUUGAUGCAGUACUACGGGGAAGACAUCAAUUUCUACCUCGAGAUCGCCACCCCCCGACCUGUUGCCCACUCCCUCAGUUUCUUUAAAGGAAUUUCUGGUUUUGUUAUUUGA